CUGUGUUCUAGAUUUUGUGCUCUUAAGCUUCCUCUCAGCCGAACCAAAUUUCGCCGCACUGUUCUACGCAUUGCAGUCAGCAACCAUACCACCAUGAUGUUCGCAUACAGAAUCUCGCUCCUCUUGCUUCCCUUCCUGACAUCUGUCCUCUCUCACAAGCCACACGUUGCUCUGAAGUUUGGAGAUGACCUCCGCAGCUACAUUAUGAUAAACCCCGACAUGUCACCUCUGGAGGAGGCAGUGUCGGUUUGCAGUUGGGUAAAACAACUCAGCCCUACUUCACGCAAUGGAGCCUGGAUGCACUACAAGACUCAGGAUUAUAGCGAUGAGAUUACUCUCUCUGAUAACCUCUCCUGGGCUUGGCUACUAUAUGGCAAUACUCCGCACAGCCAGACACCAGUACAUUCUCAGUGGUUUCAUGUAUGCCUAGCUUGGUCAUUUAGCAGUGGUACAGUAACGCUUUACUACAACGGUGUGCAGAUAGGGUCUCGCAGCACCAGUAGAAAGUUCUCUGUCUCUACUGGCUCCCUUGUUAUUGGACAAUGGCAUUCAACCUACAAGAUGGAGGCUACCUUUAGCAGUGGUUAUUCGUUUGGUGGAGAAUUAACCAAGCUGAACAUCCUGAAACGGAAAGUCUCCGACCAAGAGGUAGCACAAAUGUAUAAGUCAGGAGUAUGUUCCAACUACGAAGACACGCUAGAAAACCACAUCCACCUCUCUUGGGAGACGCUGCUGUCAGAUGACACUGAAAAACAUGGGAAUAUUGUAAAGUUGAACUUAACUUGUCCUACACACACACACGAGCCAACCACUGGGAUACCCACCACUGUAAGACCUACAGAAGAGGGGGGUUGCAACAAUCGCUGGGCUUUCCUACGCUUAUCCGACAUUUACAAUAAGACAAUCGAGAAGGAAAUGCUUCAAGACUUGAGAGAGAGAUUGGAGCUUCUUGCAGAGUUUGAUGGCCAUCAAAUAGACGACACCCUAAUAGCACAUUUGACAAAACAUCACUGUAGCAGCGAGAUGCCAAGAGGAGACAACGAAACUGAGGAAUCUGGUGAUUGCAAUAACUGUUGGGCCAUCCUCCGCUUUCCUGACUUUUUCGAGAACGUAAGAACUUGUAGACGUAGACUGAGGUUUGAAAAUAUACUUUGACAAUUGUAAAUGCGUCAGGGUCCUAAUCCUAUCAAGGGGUUUGAUCUUUUUUAUGUACACAACGUUUUUAAAUCUAAAUAUGUUUCGAUUUUCAGA